ACGGAAGAUGCAGAGUGAAACGAUGAACAUCUUGUACUCUUUCUGAGUCACCUUUAGGAACAGCUGUGAAACUUUGGACAUGGAAGUCGCUGGGCAUCAGAAUGCACAAAAAGAUGAUUCAUAUGAAGAUCAACCAGAGAUACAACCUCAGCCCAUCACUCAGACAAGACUUCACUCUGGACACAAACCACUGAAAUAUUUCACUUUUUUGUCUGGACAAACCCUGAAUUCUCAUGAAGACUUCAAAAGACGUCUUCAAGACAAAGUAUCAGGUUUGCGGGAGGUGUUAAGAAAGGAGGAGUGUGAUAUGAUUCUUCUCUUCUGUCCUGUUGUUUCACGUGCUGGAACUGACAUUGGAGCAGCCCUGCAAGAAUUUCAGAUUAUUUCAGAUUCCAAGCCUGCUGUUGUAGUGGUGCUUCAUCACACAUUUGACCCAAACUUCACUGUACCAGACAGCAGUGAAUGUGUCACCAGAGAGAACACACUCACUGUGGACUGCCUGUUCUAUGAGGACAUAGGAUUACUGCACUGCCCGAAGAAUCAUAAUGCAAUAGAAUGUAUUAUAAAGUGGAUGAAAGCUGAGCCAGGAGCAGUAUCAGGAACCCAGAUGAGACCUAAAAAUAAAAGGACCCAACAAAUGGAUGAUGCAGAAAUUAAGGGUAAUGAUUUCAAAGAAGAAGGGAAACACCUGAAGGAACUGGAAAAAAAAGUUGAAGGAAAAGAGGAAGAACUUCUUAAGAAUGGUUUUCCAGAAUUUGUUCUUGCUUCAGAGCUCAGGCUGGUGCUGCUGGGGAGGACUGGAUGUGGGAAGAGAGCGGCAGGAAACACCAUCCUGGGCAGAGAGGAGAGGAGCCAGGCUGGAGUGUCUACAGUGAUGCAGCAGAGUGAGAGCAGACAGGGGGAGGUGGCUGGGAGGCAGGUGACUGUGGUGGACACUCCUGACUGGUUCUGUCCUGGAUUCUGUGUUGACAAGGUGAGACAGGACGUUAUGCUUCUAGCCAGUCUGUGCACACCAGGGCCUCGUGCCUUCCUCCUAGUCAUACCAGUGAAGCAGUCUACAGGAGAGGAGAGAGACAUGCUGGAGAAAAUGGAGGAGAUCUUUGGAGAGAGAUGUUGGAGGAACACCAUGAUCCUUUUCACUGUUACUGAUGAAGUCCAACAGAAGAACAUUGGAGAGUUUAUCCAGUCAGGAAACCAGGAGGUCCAGAGACUUGUAGAGAAAUGUGGGAACAGGUUUCACUGUCUCAGCAUUAAGGAGAGUGGAGAUGGUUCUCAAACCUCAGAGCUGCUGGAGAAGAUAGAGAAGAUGGUGGAAGGAAACAGAAAUAGAGAUGGGAUUCAUCAGAUGAUUAGAGAUAUGGAGAGAAAGAGGGAAGAAAGAAGAAGAAAAAUGUUUCAGGAAAUGCAGAAAAUCCUGAAAAAGAAUGAAGAAUACAGGCAAGGCUAUGAGAGUGAUAUGACAGCAUUAGAAAAAGCUGAAGAAAAAUCUCAGCAGGAGCAACAGGUUACCUUUCUACAAAAAAAAUGUGUGACUGAAAAAAAAGUUGUAGAAACAACGAGAAAAAUGUAUGAAAGACUGGCUGAAAUGGAAUCAGAUAAAGAGUUCAUUAAGGUCAUGUUACCAAACUAUCCACAUGCUAUUUGGCUUUCAAUGCCAAAUGAACAGGAUGUACAGCAAAAUGAAGAUUUAGAAAUUGAACAAAUAGUACAGAAUUUAUCAAAGGAAUACAGGCUGAAUGAUAACCAAUAAAACUCAUCAGUGACAUUAAAAUGUUUUUAUCUAGUCACAUUGUGAUAUUGAUAUUUCUUUUGCCA